GUGCCCCCCAGCUCUUACUUGCACCCCGCACCUGUACUGAGGGAACACUGAGCGCCUGGGAUCCCACAUGUCCUCUGAGGAGAAAGCCCCCGAGUCCUGGCCCCCCAGGGUCCAUCUCAAAAGUCCUCCCUAUACCUUCCCUGCCGGCCUGGACUUCCCCGGCCCCCCGGCGCCCCCCAGCCGCAAGCUGCUCAUAAUGACUGUGGGAGCCGUCAGUGCGCUGGCCAUUAGCGUCCUAGGAGUCCUGCUGGCCACUUACCUUGGGAGAGCUUCCUGCAGCCAGAGAGAGGCAUCCAGUUUCCUGCCCCCACAGCUCAAUGUGCAGAAUGAGGCAUCCCUCCUCCUGGCGCUCAGUGACAUCACAGAUCAGGGUUCCUCCCCGGGAAUCACCUGUGACCUUAAAAAUCACCUAAUGGUUUAUCAUGGACAGCCGGAGGGAUGUGUGGCACGCAAGAUGGAAUCCACUGAAGCUCUGCCAUCUUGUCAGGAUCUGGAGAUCUACUUCCAGGCGGUGCUGAGGAACGUCACAUUGGGCCUGUCAUUGGACGUACAAGUGGUUGCUGUGGGUACGUUAGGGAGCCUGGCCACUCUGCUCUGCAAUAACAAGCCCACCUACCUGGUCACCACUGUCCCAGCUCCGGCCAGAGCCCAGGAGAGCCUCGCAGCCUGAUCGCCCCACUGAUGCCCAUUACACCCCCAAUGCCAGCGCCUGGCAGCCCCACAGCCUGUCCUGCCUGCAGCCAUUGAUAUAUAAUAUAUACUCAGCUUGCUAGUGCCCAGCAUGGGGCUACAGAUGCCCGGCUACAUACUGUGCAACGAGAGGAACAAACCCGACGUCUGUGCCCCACGUGCACCCGCGCUGCCCGGCUGGGAGUUGUACCCCCUGCACCCUGUGUAAAUAUGUUUAUUUCAUAACCUUCCACGGCUUUGGAAACCCAGUAAGAAAAUCCAUUUUGAAUAGAAAAGCAUGAACAUUA